AUGACUACCGCAGAAGAUGUUUUCGAACUUCCCGAGCUUCUUGAAUCUGUUUUGCUUCAGGUUCCUCCAGUCAUCGUCCAUACGACCUGUAGGCUAGUCUGCAAGCAAUGGCAGGAGAUUAUUGAAACCACCCCAGCCUUGGGCCAUUACACCAAAACCGGCCUGUGGCUUCCAGACAAAGUUUUUAAGAAUGCAAAUACCGAACAACCUCUUCCAGAACCCUUUUGUGCUUUCACGCCGAUGGCAAUCGAUGUUCUCCAAAUAUAUUGGCGAAAACUCGAAGCUGUUACCGUCAAAACCCUCGAGGAGGACCACAUCACAGAAGAAGAUGGAUCAGAUGAAACCUCAGCCCCUACUCCCAGUCGCCUUCCCGUGGUUCAGAAAAUCGAUUCAUUGUUGAAAAUUUUCGAUUCCAUUUGCCAACAUAUUCAGCUCCUACGUCCUGGAUUUAUCUACAUCACAAGCAAAUCGUUCACCAAGAACUGGAAUGCUCGUAUCUACAACUCCGAUGGAGAAGUUCAAGCCGUUAAAAACGGAAUUCCCGAGAGUAGUAAUAACCCAACGCUUGAAGUCAUGGCCCAGAUUGCGUUGAGUGUCUGGAAUGCGACAAAGUCCGAUGCUUAUGAUUACAAUCCUGACGGAAUUGUCCCAAAGCAUGAGGACGGUGAGGUUAAAGCAUAUGUCCUCAUGAUAGUUGACUACAAGGUCGACAAAAUCGAGCCCAUGAUGAAGGAGGCAAAAAGGAAGGACAAGGAAGAACUAGAACGACAGGAACACCGAAAAUGGGCUAAGAAGACUAUCAGAUUUCGAUCCGAAGCCUUAGUCGAGGAGGGAUAUAGACCCCUUGAAGAUGAUACUGAUGAAGACACAUGGGAAGAUCAAGAGAGGAAGGCACAUGCCGCAUAUGAGAGAAUCCAAGGAACGAAGGUUUUCAAAGAGCUUAUAAGAUUCGGAGAUUAUCCCCCACAUAGGCCGGUCAUAGUUAUCCGCGGGACAAAUUAUGGAUAUACUUAG